UGUCGCAAGUGUAGGUAGGUAACGUUAGCUAGCAAGAUGAGAUGGGAUAGCCGCCCAGCCACACACAUUGGAUAAUGUUCGAAUGUGAAGACCCUUGCAAUUCUUCAAAAGACAUCGAUAGCGUGUCCGACAUUAUAUUGUUUCCCGUGCUUAUCUUUUAUUGAUAAACAAUUUUGCGUCAAGGAGCCUGUACGUCAGAUGUGAUGUCACGGUUAGCAGCCUGUCUUUUAGCAUUGUGGGACGUGUAAUAUAAGCAGCAAACAACGGGGCUUGUUUGUAAUGUAUGUGUUUUCCAAAUAGCAAACAAAACGGGUCGCGCUAUAAGUAGUUUAGAAGAAACUCCACUUUUCGAAAUUGCACGCAAAUAUCGGUCUUGUGUCGUCAGAACAGUUCCUUGAGGAAGUGGGAUGUGGCCAGACUGUAUUAAUGUUGCCGACCAAGAUAUGAAACUCAUUGUAGCGGUGCUUUUGCAGCCUUGCUACAUUGUAAAUACUAGGUUAGACUUGGUGCUGAACGCGAGCCCAUUUGACGAAUUCGAUGAAGAUACCCCUCGGUGUUCGAAAUUGUGCGGGGGAUGCGCUGAUUACCUAACUAAUAUCAACAUGUGAAUUAUAGAUUGCCUAUUUCAUUUUAUUGAAAGCCAUUGAAUUGCGCAUGUCGACUCAACAUCAGAUAAUGGACUCCUCUUUAGCUUUGGGAAGACUGGAAAUCAAUAGACCCAUGGUGAACCUGGGGACUUGUCUCUCCGGCUCGGUGAAGGAGAAGAACGCCCAGGGAGGAUCGCAGGCGGCCCACCUGAACGGAUGUGUGCCGCUCUCCCAUCAGGUGGCCGGUCAUAAGUAUGGCGUUGAUAAAGUAGGCAUAUUGCAACAUCCUGAUGGCACAGUACUCAAACAGCUCCAGCCCCCUCCCCGAGGUCCUAGAGAGAUGCAGUUCUACAGCAAGGUCUACGCUGAGGACUGCGGCGACCCGUGUCUGUUGGACCUCCAGCAUCACCUCCCUAAAUACUUUGGCACCUGGUCCUCGCCUGAAUAUCCUAACGAGCUGUACCUGAAACUGGAGGACGUGACUCGGCGGUUCCAGAAGCCUUGUAUUAUGGAUGUGAAGAUCGGCCAGAAGAGCUACGACCCCUAUGCCUCCCACGAGAAGCGGGACCAGCAGAUCAAGAAGUACCCUCUCAUGGAGGAAGUUGGCUUCCUGCUUCUCGGAAUGAGGGUGUACAAGGUCAACUCUGACGAAUAUCACUCGUAUGAUCAACAUUACGGGCGAGGCCUUCUCAAGGACACCAUCAAAGAUGGUUUAUCCAAAUUCUUCUCUAAUGGGAGGAGUCUGAGAAAAGAUGCCGUCGCUGCCAGUAUCCUGAAGGUCCAGAACAUCCUGCGAUGGUUCGAGGGCCAGAGCCAGUUAACCUUCUAUGCUAGCUCUCUGUUGUUUGUAUAUGAGGGCCUGCCCCCUCCCAGCCCUGAGGGCCAUGUCUUCAGGGGCCCCCCAGAGAAGACUACGUCUGCCGCUGACGCCUGCUGCGAGCCCAAUGAAGAAGUACUGGAAUACAACAACAACAUCCGGGUUGCCGUGCCGCUCGACUACAGCCUGUACACCAUGUACAAGAAGGGCUGCACCCGGGGUCACCAUGGCGAAGUCACCGCCGCCAGCGACACCACGACAGGCCCAAACCCCCAGGAGGACAACAGCACGUGGAAGUGCCCAGGUCUGGUGCCAGCAGAGCAACCCAACGGCAACGGUAUCAAAGCCCAACUGGAAGAAGAGUCUGGGGUGGGGGAGGGAGGCCGUGGGGAGCCACAACCAGAGCAGAGGGCCAGCGAAGUGGAGGUGAGGAUGAUUGACUUUGCCCAUGUCUUCCCCAGCGAGAGCCAGGACCAAGGCUACAUCUAUGGCCUGAAACACUUGCUGGAGGUGCUGCAGCAGAUCCUCCACCAAUAACCUUCUCUCUCCAGUGGUUUGUCUCUGCCUGUCCAUUGGUCAAGUCAAGUGUACCCAUCUGUGUUUUACUGUGUGAAUGGAGGAGUUGUAGCGCCCCCAGUCCAGUCCCUCAUCCCCCUCUCCCUGUAAUUCUCUGCACUAUGAUGAAGUCAGUUCUCCAUAAUUCUUUGUCCGAUGUAUGUGCUUCUUGAUUUUUAACCACUGUUAACCGGUAUCUAACUCAGGUAAACUACUGUCAUCAAUACUCACAGGAUUAUCUCUAAAGAGUACCGUUGUGUUGUUGGCUUGCUGAUCAUAUGUUGUACGUUUUAUAUCAUUUUGUCUUUUCAGAUUUCACGUCCUUUUGUCCUAAAUGUUGACAGAAUGAUGUUAUUUUUAUCCAAGUUAUUAUACUCAUACAGUGCAGGUUAAGUCAUUUUAGAAUUGUGGUUCUCUAAUUAUUUUGCUGCCAAAUUGUCUCCUUAAAACCUGUGUCCUUGCAGUGUUACUUGGACAUGGGGCGGCAGGUAGCUUAGUGGUUAAGAGCGUUGUGCCAGUAACCGAAAGGUCGCUGGUUCUAAUCCCCG